AUGUUCGCCGCACGACGGAGGGCCGGCCAAAUUGCCCACCGGCUGCAGCGGACGACUCGAAGCUACGCCUCCGAUGCCCACAGCCAUCACAAACCCGCCGAGGUCAACGAGUCGUUCGGGAAAGGAUCCAUCGCCACCGUUGGGCUGUUCUUCGGCGGCGUGCUGUUCUACCAGUUUACCCCCAAGAAGGACGAGGAAUCGUCUUUGACCAACUUUAUCAGCAAGUAUACCUCACGGGCAGAAGACUGGGAAGAGAUCAACGCGCUGCAUACGAAGGCUAUGGAGCAGGCCGGCUUUGACCGCAAUCUGUUCGAGAAUGCCUCCAACAAGCACAGAUUCGUUGACGUCGCAUACCCCGAAGCUUUUCAGUCACACGCGCCGCGGAAUAUCCAAGCCGGUCAUCUCAUGCACCUCGACAGUGUCGUGGAGCACUACAGGCAGCAGCAUUUAAAGGACGAGGAUCGUAAGGCGAAGAAGCUUGCGGCGCAAAAGGAGUAG